AUGGCGCCAAUCCCCAUAACCAUCGUGACGGGCUUCCUCGGCUCAGGCAAAACAACCAUCCUCCUCAACCUAAUCCCGCAACUUCCAAAGACCUACAAGCUGGCCCUCCUCAAAAACGAAUUCGGCGACGUAGCCGUGGACUCCCAACUGGCCUCAACGCAAUCCAUCAGCGGCGUGCGCGAAAUGCUCAAUGGCUGUAUAUGCUGCAACCUCGUUGGCCAAGUCAGCGACGCACUGGACCAGCUCCGCGCCGAAGUGAAACCCGACCGCAUCGUGAUCGAGACCAGCGGCAGCGCGUUCCCCGCAACGCUUGCGAUGGAGGUGAACAGGCUUGCGCGCGAGCAUGGUGGACAUUACGUUCUCGAUGGUGUGAUUAGUGUUAUAGAUGUCGAGAACUGGGAGGGAUAUGAGGAUACCUCGUACACGGCAAAGAUCCAGGCCAAGUAUACCGAUUUGAUUGUUUUUAAUAAGUGGGAGGAUAUGCCUGAGCGGUUUGAUGUUUGUCUGGACCGAGUUGGUGAUUUGGAGAUUGAGACACCUUGGGUUAAGUCGGAUAAGGGUCGGGUUGAUAUGGAAGUGAUGCUGGGUAUUGAUGGGGCUUUGUUUAAGGAGGAAGAGGCUGGCAAUGGACAUGAGAGUAAGCAUCAACAUGAUCAUCAGUCCGAGGUGGAGGUUCUGUCUGUGGUUUUGAAGUCCGAUGUCCAGGGGAAGACGGUGGAUGUUGCUGCUCUCGAGCGGUUUCUCUCUUUGACGCCUCGCGAGGAGGUGUAUCGCAUCAAGGGGAUUGUUCGCUGCUCGAACCAGGAUCUUCCGGUGGAGACAUCGGAUGAUUUGAAUGCGAGACAGACGCUCGAGUCGCCUGGCAUGCAGUAUUAUAUUCUCAAUUGGGCGUUUGGACGUUGGACCUGCACUCCUUCCGCUGUGGUUGCCGAGUUUGCAGACCCGGCUGUCAUUGCCCGCAUUACAUUGAUUCUUGCUCGAUACGAGUCGGCUAAGUGGAAGAAGAAGCUCGAAGCUGGUGGGCUGAUUCAGGCAGGCGAGGAAGAGAGUGUGGAGUUGAGUGUGGAGCGUUUGGUCUAG